GUUAGAUUUAGAUUUAAACGCUUUAUUUGCUCCUGCAGAUGCGCCGGACUCAGGGCUGCUGUGCUCAGGAAAUCGCGAUGCCAUCGGGAUCGAGUUCUGCGCGUUCCGCUUGUGUCUCUUGUGUUGCUUCUUUAAGGCAAGAGACGCUUUCAGCUGUCCGAAGGGAACACUUACCGUGGGAUGUUGCUUGACUGCAACGAGCCUGAUGACUUGCGAUGCAUCCCCUUUGGAUGAGGACGCCACGCAAUGCACUUGGGCUGGUGACAUUUAAAACCGGCGUAGAUACGAUGCAACGGCUAUGAUCGAGCUGCAAAGUGCACAACCUCUUUCACUGGAAGCAUAAAGUGAUAUGCUAAGCAUCUAGGUAUGGGUUGUUCGGAGUAGAUGGUCCUCUUCGGCGAAGACGCUGGUGCAAUAAAAGUGAAAGGGGGAGAACACUUCGUAUCGUAUCGACCUAGGGUGUGGCUGACGCGUCACAUUCAGCGAUAAAUAGUGUCUCCGAUGUGCCAACAAAUGAAACAGUUGUUUUUGGCAGUAAUUACUGUGUGCGUUUGAGAAACUUAACAGACUGCUGGCUAGUUCGCCGAUUAACGGUUUUGUCGCCAGUUAGAGCACACCCCAUGUAUGCGGGUGCCGCAAGCAGCUACAUCUUGUAAAAUUUGUUGUGGAAUUGAUAACGUGGACAUGGGCGCGCCAGAUUCAUUCGCAGCCUUUCGCGAGGGAUGGGUGUAGAGUGGUCAGCCCCAACUAUUCGCAAAAUUUCGGAGACAAGCUUACCGUUCAAAGAUGCACGGUCACGGAAUGUUGCGCAGUUGCGCACGAGCGGUGCUUGCACUUGCUACAACGAGGGCAUUCCCCUCUACACGUGUAAGUACAUUCUCUUGAGUGUCUUCCAAAUCAUAAGCUUCUUUGCCGUUCAAAAGUGCAGGAGUGACCUGCCCAUCGCCAAGGCGCUUCUGUUGAACAACAAACUACGCUCUUUCGGGCGAGCAGCAUGCUGCAUGACUGCGGCAGAUUCAAAAGCAUGCGGUAUGCGAGAGGGGCCGGGAUGGUGACAGAGUCUACGUUUCGAAGAAGAUUCCGGCGCAUUGUUUCCCUGUCGGAUGCGCCUUUCGCCGAGCAAAGCUAUUGCCAUUUUCCGCACGCCAUUUCUUGCUUUGGAAAGGUCUCACUAGGUAUCACGUCUGCAACAACUUUAUGGUCGAUGGUGGUGAAGCAGAAGUAUUUGUAGGUACUGUUCGAAAUUAGCGUUUUGUGACACCGCGCCCAAUCUCGCCGGCUGCCCGUUUUAUGAAGAAACAGUGUCUAUAUUUAUCGUGGUUGAUGCUUGUUGACCUGUUACAGUCGAGGUGCAAGGGGAAUCCGUCCCGAUCCACUUUUCAGGGAUUCGGUGACGUAAAUCGAAACCAUAGUGUCGAUGUGGGACAGCGGCACAAUGCGUUUCGUUUUUCUUGUAUAUUUACUGUUCCUUGUCAUUUGCUUGCGUCCUGCUGGCUCCGCCGCUACUGGAUCGGUAACGGCCCUUCGCGAGGGGGGCAAGGGAGAAGCAACUGGAACGGCGAGCGAAAAUGAGGGUGCAGGCUUGCAGAAAAAUCUGGCUGUAAAUACUCAUGUAUAUGGAAACGUAAGAGCAACUGAGUCUCCUCGAUCGGCUAUGAGGGGCACACCCGUGCUCCCGGCCGACGGGGGGGGUGUGCACGAAGAUUUUUCUGGAUAUGUGGCUUCCACGAGAAGCGUAAAAUGGAAGACCGAAAGCAGGCUCAGACGCCAACAGAAGCAGCGGCGGCAUACACGUAUGGUUGCUGCUAGCUUUUUGUUACUGACUUCACUGCUUUAUGGUGGAUACUUGCUUCAUACCACAAUGACUUCCGGGGCCGAGUCGGCAUUGGUCAGACCUGCCGGCAACACAUAUCGGGAUAAGGUCGCCGCAUUGGUGCCUUCCGAACAAGAAACGACGUUUUCAGCAUCCACACCAGCUUCCAGUUCGAAGGUCAUCCGCGCUGUACGCGAAAACCAGCAGGUUACAGAUUACAAACGUUCGCUGUUCUCCAGAAAAGCUCUUUUCGCCACUAUUUCUGUAAUGACUGCAGCGGUGGUACUGUUUGCUGCAUCGAGCUUUAUCAGCUAUGAAGCCGGUACCAGUCAUGAAGAGUCUUCUCAUCAUUCAGGUUAUGAGGCCCGAAACGUACCAGUGGAACGUGAUUCUGACCAACCUGGUCAAGAGGCUGGUGGCUCACAGGAACUACUGAGUCCUCCACGGGAUGUAGACUCCGUAGAGAAGACAAUGGCGAAAUCGGAUGUGCUGGAAGCGGCAGAAUCUGGUUCAGAUGGACUCGAUCUUGAAAGGAUUUCUGCCCGUUCGAUGUUGCCUCAACUCGCGUGGAGUGCAGCUCUGGUGUGGAUUGUGUAUGUGUCAACAGUAUCAAUCAGCUCAGGUUUCCGUGAACUGUGGCAUUCGCAGCGAGAGCUUAGUGGCCUGGAGGCGCGCCGAGAAGAGGCAGCAGCACAUUACACAGGCCUGCGAGAUCUAGGAGGAAAACUCGCGCGUAAGGCAGCUCAGACGAAAGAUGAGAUGACGCGUACGAAGGAGGAUCUUGAGCGGCAAUCGAGGGAAGUUCGGGAAAUUGAAGAAGAAUAUGAACAACUGGAACAGAGACUCGCGGCCGCUCAACGGAAGCAGAGCAUUGUACCUGAUACGCUUGACAACAUAAAGAGAGCAGGCGCUCUGAAUGACGAAGCUUCGGAGUUAACGCAACUCCAGGCAAGACAGAAUUAUGGAGAAUCACUGCUUCGUGAAAUCGCUCAUUUGACUGCCGAACGAGACCACCUACAGAAGGAGGCGGUGAGGCUACGCGGCGUGUUGAGUGACAAGGAGGCAGAUACGGCUGGAGACUCAACAGAAGAGCGAGCGCGAAAGGGGCCGACCGGCGACAAGCCUACGGGGGGGUAUCGUGGAGAUGAUGAUGAGCUAGAGGUGGCGCACGAGGCGUUUUCGCAAUUACAAGUGGAAGCCCAAGAGAGGUUGGCAUUGCUGGAGCAACUACAGGAUGAGGUGGACGAUUUAACGUCUCAGGAGAGCCACGUCUUGCAAAAGAACCGAAAGCUGACCGAAGUACGCAAUAAACUGAAAGAACAACUUAAGGAAACAAGUCUGAGACGUGCCAAUGCGCUGCAAGCGUUUGACACGGUGCGUUCUCGUGAAAAUGACUUACGCAAGGAGCUGGAGGAAAAAGAGAAAUUGUUGGACAUGUUGAGAAAUGCAGAAAAGUGUACACCGGAUAAUGAACUUCGAGGGAAAAUCCUAUCAAUUCUGCAGUAAUGGUGGAACUUUGUCUCAUAAAACGGUUGUAACUAAAACACCUCUGGACAACAGCUGCACACGCUGGGGGCACAUAAACAGAUGGCUGUGUUUAUGCCCCACAUUGACUGUUUCAUGGAACCAGCUGAAAUACAUACGUUCAACGGGUGCUGCCGAGUACAGUUCUCCAGGCGGGUCUCUCGGCUUUUACGAGUGUCGCAACCACUGCACUUCCCCGUGAACGUGGAAUUUUCUUGAACCCAUGAAGAUUUGAAAGUGAACGCCGUCACCCCGCUCCUGUGUGGCGCACAUAUAUGCGGGCCAUCCAAGCGAAAUACUAGUGGAGGAAGACGAUUCUUUACAUUUUGUGGAUACGCGUUCUGCCUCCCGCUUUGCUAAAUCGGUGAUGGGGAUGGAUGAUGACUUGUUUGCGUGACGCAUACGUUUGUUGCGCUCUUUUGUCGAAUUUUGGUACCCCUCGCAAUUGCCGCGUCUUCAGAAGCGACAGCGAGUACACAAAUCGUCACAGCACUCAUCAAGUUGCCACUAUGCUUGUUCUCUUUUACUGAAUGGAGCUCCCACUGCCCGCUUAUGAGUCAGUAACGAACUGUAGGGCAUGAUACAUCCGUUCUCCAUACGUCGAAAAAAAGUACUAUGCAGACUGAAGUUGCAUGCACGGAACA